CCAGCUGUCCUCUCGGAUACGUGCCGCUUUUUCGUAACGAACGCGUUUUUUUCCCCUCAUUUCACGUUGAUGUCAUAUGGAGAGAGAGAGAGAGAGAGAGAUGGGUUCGCGCGCCUCUCCGUCGUCGAGCUGAGCUUCUGUUUCUCUUCUGAGAUGAUCGGCGGCGUCCUGACCGUGACGGCUUUGAGGCGCGCGUUGCGCACGGAUGCGGCUGUGCGCGCUGCAGACUCGCUGCCUUAAAGUUUGGAUGCUGCCCGUGGGAGAGGAAGAGCUCGAGCCCAAAACAGACCGGCGAGGCUCGGUCAGAUGCCUCUUUCGGCUCGUUUAGAGCCGCUGCCCUGUGUGUCCAGUGCGUCCAGAUGGCCUCGAGAAACGCGCGCAAAGGUUGCUCCGAGCUGGGAGGCGGCGGGGCUGCGGAUCGUUGCCCGGAACGGAGGGGCCACUCGGCGUCUGCCAGCUGCGGGAGAGCCGCGGGACUGAGCGGAGGAUGGAGAGCGCGCCUGCUGGCCGCCGGGACCCUGCUGCUCGUGCUGCUGCGGCCCGCCGUCGCCUCACACGAUGAGGGAAAGUCAGAGGUUUCCGGCCGUCCUGCUGCAGCACCGACUACUAUGGAAGCUUCAAGCGUUUCGUCCUCUCCCUCACUGCUGGAUGAGGAGGGGACGCCUCUCUCACAGUCCCCCUCCGUACCGGCAGGCGCAGCAGUGAGCAGCAGAGAGCAGGCUGUGUAUUCAUCAGUGCUGACCCUGCGGGCCGACUCAGACACACCGCCUCGGGCGCUGGUGCAGUCUCUGCCCUCCCCACCCGGCAACAGUGACAAUCUCACCAAUCACAAAUCCCCGCAGGAGCCGUCUGCUGGAGCGCCACACGCUCCAACCCGAGUGGCCCAAACCAACAGCGCAUUAAGCACCAGCUCAGAAGAGGUUCUUCGUGAGCUCCUCAUGAACCCUGACCUUCCCACAGCUCCGGGUUCCUCCCUCGCAGUACCAGAGGAGAUGGAACCUGCGCGAACUGAUCACGUGACCAGCCCGGUCUCCGCUUCCACUCUGGCAUCCAACGGCACAUCUGCAGGAAGGGCUGGGAACGCCUCGUCCAUCGCUCCUGCAAGCAGCAACCCUGACACUGUGACCAGCGACAGCCUCCAGCUCACCACAGUGACCACCACCACGGUCACGCCCUUAACUAUGACUGCUACGACUGUGACUACGCCCACUACUGGUCCCGUGACCACAGAGGUUGCUGCUACAACAAUACCGCCCACCACCAUGGCCACUGAAAUCACAACGCCCGCCACAGAACCACCCACUACGUCAACAACCACCACCACCACUACGACCACGACUACUACCACAACGACUACGACAACAGCUGCACCAACAACGACAACCACGUUAGCAACUACCACCACCAAAGUGACUCCUCAAAGCUCUACUGUAGCUACCACUGGGAGCACCACCACUGAGCACAGCCCACCCACUGAGAGUUCACCUUCAGCCUGCAACAUCACUGAGAAGUUGUGGGUCCGUACUGUUCUGUCCAUCCAGAUGAAGAGGAAUCGUCUGGAAAGCGGGAUGAGGCAGAGCUUAUCAAAAGGCCUGACUCUGGCGCUUCAGAGGGCCUUCAAUGACUCCAGUGUCCACAUACAGCUGGAGCGUGAUGUCUGCACUCCGUCCAAUGUAACUCUGGGAUAUUACGUCAUGAGUGAGACGCUGGUGUACAUGGCGGCUGCAGUGGUGGAGACUCUGACAGGCUACGGCUUCGACAAACUCCUGAGUGACAUCAGACAGCACGCACCGGUGGUCCUGGCCGUUCCUGUUCCCGUAGCGACUUGGCUGCCCAGUCCAGGCAUCCACCUGCAGCUCAAAACAGUCCUCAGGUUUGUGAGUCCAACAGACAACAUCAAGUCUUGUAGUUUCAUCCAGAUGAUGGAGCACCGUUUGGAGAACGUGUUCUCUGAAGCCCAGGAGAAAGUGGAGGACUCUUAUGGGGUUCUUUCCGUUGAGAUUCAGAACACCUAUCAGAUGGGAAAUUCUCUGACGGUGUCGUUGGUGUAUGUAGUGUGGAACGGCAGUACAGCGCUGAACGGCACCAUGGCUAGUGGCCUCAUGAACCAGCUGACCGCUGAACUGGUCGGCUAUUUCCUCUUCUUCCCCCCAAUGCUCAUUGCUGAACCCCUCGAGUACCACAACCUCAACACCUCGGUCGCCACCAGGGAGUACUGGGUAAUCACAGUUAUCCAGGAUGUUGACAGCUCCUCUCUAGAAGGCAGCUAUCAGAGUUUUGCUAGUCUGAUGGAGCAGCGUCUGGCUGAGCUUUUUAUGGUUGCUGGUCGACACGGCCAGCGCUUCAGACGAGCCACCACUGUUGGUCGAUACACGGUGCAGAUGGUCAGUAUUCGCCGGCUGCCGGGUCCUAAGAACCCAGCAGAGAUGACGUACUACGUGCAGGUUGAUGGAGCUCCUAUAGCUGGAACAUCUGCAGCAAAGACCCUGAACAUGGUGGACUCUCAGACCAUGGCCCUCACCCUGGGCUACUUCGUCCAGGUCCAAGCAGAACCUGUAGUGAAGAGUGUACCCAGUAACCUCUGGAUCCUGGCGGUCCUCACGCCAGUCUCAUUGGUGAUGGUCGUGGUUGUUAUGGCAGUUGCUAUCAUAUGCCGGAGGAACCGCACUGUCUUCAAGACCAGCGCCUUCCGUGGCUUCCACCCACGCACAAAGACCUCAUAUCGGAGAGAUGGAAGCUACCAUCACCAGCCGGUUCAGGGUUUUGACUAUGCUAAGCAGCACAUGGGUCAACAGGGUGAGGAGGCUCUUGCUGUCACUAAAGAGACUCUGGUCCUGUCUCUUCCGGUACGGGACGCCCCUCUCACACAGGACAAGGGCGUGCUACAGGACGGCACCGCCUCCAAAAGGCCACAGUCCACUACAGAGAUGCAUCGCAGCAAGUUGCCAAGUGAGGACGGCUCGGUUUCGAGCAACGGCUCUGGGAAGCUGAACACGGGAAGGAGCUCCACGGCGCACAGAACUACAGGCCAAAAGAACAGCAAGGAGGAGACUCACGCGAGGAACGAGCAUUACGACUCUCUGACCGGCUCCCUGAGGCUCAUCACCAUCAAACCCAUGGCCGCGCCCCUCAACUACUCCUACCCCGACUCGUCCAAUCACAGCCAAGACUCUGUCAUGCUCAACGGCGAGGUGAACAUGGGGCUGAAGCAGAAGUCUGAUAUUGAGCACUACCGGAACAAGCUGCGGCUGAAGGCCAAGAGGAAGGGCUACAGCGAUGGCCUGGUGAGCGGAAGCAGCGGCAGCACAGGAGGCCACCGGCACAGCCACCGAGAACGGCUGAGGAGAGAGAACGCCUCUCUGGACCUGGAGGACGCUUUCGGGCCCGUGGAGGACAGGAACCCCUCCACUUACGUCAAAUACAGGAGGAGUGAGAGCCAGAGGGAGCCAGCGUACUGGAGCAGACAGUCUCUGAAUACCCCAAGUCCUGUGGAGACUGAGCUGGACCUGCUGGUCAUGAGGGAGCGCUCCAGGAGGGGCAUCCGCAACAACGGCUACGAUCUUGAAGCUUUAAAUGUGUUAGAUGAGGCCGAACCAGAACCCUUUGAAGAAACCGACGUGGACCGUCUCAUGAGCUCCCUGGGUUUCGGCGGCAGCCACCAGGUCAAAGGUCACUCAGACUCGUCCACCCUGAGCUCCCAGCCCUCCAUCGAUGAGGUGCGACAGCAGAUGCACCUCCUGCUGGACAACGCCUUCGGCCUGGCCUCCGCCGAGCCAUCCACGGGCGGCCGCCACCACCACCACCACCCCCACUCCCACAGCCCCUACAACCCCAGCCAGAGUAGCCACUACUCGGACGGAGUGACCAGCGCCCCGGGCACCAUGGACCACCCAGCUGGAGCUCUGCAGCGCGGCUCCUCCUUUGAGCCAGACAUGCACCAGUGUAGCCUCCCCAAACCCGGCUUCAGGUUUACCCAGUUGCCUGAUAUGGGUUUAGGCUCACCGCCCCCUCUUAUAACCCCCAGAGCUGGAGCGCCCCCUGGAACGUCACUAAGGUGCUCAACACCAGACAUGAGUCUGAAGCCCCGCGUCUCAGAGGCCUCGGAGAUGAGUCAGCACAACGGCACCCCCUACCUGCCAAUAAACCGCGCUCCUUUCCCAGCGGUGACUGUGGACCAGUCCAUGUCAAGCUACUCAGGAAACCCAAUGACAGCCGUGUAUGCCAUAUCGGCCAACCGGCCCGGCUACUCUGACUACUUUGUCCUGUCACCACCAUCAUCCUACCGUAGCCCCUCGUGGAUGUCCUACCCUCCGGAGCCGGAUGACCUGCCCCGCCAGUGGAAUGACACGAACCCGUGUCAUUUGGAGACCAUCUGCUGAAAUGAAUGAAUCUCGAGGGUUGAGUGGAAACAGCAAUUCACCUGGGGUUUGUACAGUAGAUGAAAAUGCCCCGACUACCACAGCAGCCCUACCCCGUCCUGGCUCUUUGGUCUAACAGGGCCGCUCCAGCUGAGUAGGCCCAAAAGGUUCCAAAGGGCCCGAAAGGCCCUGACCAGACACGACCAGGCCCAUCAAUCACAGUCUCAGCCUCCAUCCUGGACAGGAUGCAAAGCCCACCAUUAGCCAAUGCUCUCCUGAGAGGAUGUCCUCUCAGCCUCCUCCAAUGACCUAGAAAGGCCAUUUCAGUGGCCAAACAUUUUUCUUGAAGCUUUUUUUGAUCUUCUCACAGAAACGAGGCCGGUGGGAUUUUACGUGUGUGUGUUUUAAACAUCAGCUUAUUCAAAAAUAGAAAACAGUUUGUUUGUUUUGUUUUUUUUUUUUGGUUCCGUCUUAAGCUAUCCCGGUUUCACUGAUGCCUCUCUGUGUCUUUGGCUCUUUUAUGUUGCUUUUUUAUUGACAAGGUUAAUAUUGCAGGCAUAUCGCAGGUGAUUCUUUUGUGCACUCUAUGUAUGGCUUACGUCAAAAAAAAAAAAAAAAAAAAAAAAAGUGUAAAAGAGACUGAGCAUCUGAGCAGAAAUGACAUGUUGUACUGUAUCUAAUGUAGUCAUGACGUUUUUCAACAGCUUGCAGAAUAGUGCAUUCUUUUUGCUUCUGCUAAAACUUAACCUAAUUUACACUUUUCUUUUUUAAUGUCCAAUAACAAAUCAGACCGUUUGAGGAGUGUAACGUGGCCAGAUGUGGUCAUAAAAUCCACAGAUGAAAUAAAUCCCAAACAUUAUCAUUAACUAUUGCUACAGAAGACUAGUAGUGGAGAACGCGAGGGCUAGAUUUUUUUUUUUUCCAUUUAUUUUAUCCUCUUCAUUUUUCUUUUUCACAAGUAGAUAAAGUAUCACCAAAACAACAUAUCUAUUUUAUUGCCUUAUUUUUGAUAGGUACAAAAAUUUAUAUAUCAGACAGUAUCAAAAAAAAACAUAAUAUAUCUGCUGAACUAUACAGCAUAAGCCAAAAACUGUAAAAAAAAAAAAAAAAUUAGAAAUUGACAAAUUGAUUUUAGAAUAUAUAUAUAUUGGUUUCUCUCAGAUCCUAAAGGAAUUGACUAUAAUUGCAGCAGGUUUUCAGUAUGAAAAAGACAGCAAAUGUUUCAUUAUACUGAAUUUACGUUUGAUGAAUAGAGUGCGAUGUUACAAAAGCUACUUUCGGCAUGUAUUCCUAGAAGAAUGGUUCUAAUGCAUGUGAAACACAAGGGCUUGUAUGUAAGGAGGCGUAAAUGGUAUGGGUGGCUACAAAGGUUCUGUUGUAGUAAUGAGCAGUGACAUCCACUACAUCAUUUCCAGUAAUUACCCUAUCUUUGAUUUUUCUAUUCAUUUUAUAUAGAGAACACUGAACAGGAUGCCAGUGCGUCCGACUGGCAUUGCAAAACGUCAUAUUACCAUCUUUUGGUUCUAUUCAUAAGUUUUCAAAACCUGUAACAGCAUUAUUUAGUGUUUUAAGCCAAUAAGAUUUUACGUUUUUUGUUGAAAUUGAAGAACUUUGUCCUCUCAAUUGAAUUAGUUGGUGCUGGGGAAGUGCAAAGAUCUCAACCGUCGUUCAAGUGUCGUUUUUUGCUUUGUACGAUAUUUUCUGUUACUAUUUUUAUAUUAAUUCACUCAGCAUUUUUUGGACCAUCUACAGAGGCGACAUUCAGAAGAAGCAGUUGCCAAUGUAAAAUAUUGUGCUUAAAAUACAGUAUGUGUUAAAAAAAAAAAAAAGAGGCCUCAUCGUGAA